AUGGACUACGCCAGCGAGCAACAGAUACUGCUGAGCUCGGGCUCGUUCACGGGCCGUCGCCCUUUGCAGCAGCUCGGCAGCGACUACCUCUCAGCCACAGCUACCGGUCGACAACCACUAUGUGGGAAUAAAGAAGGAUGGGGGCCCAUGAGUCCCUUUCGAUACGACUUUACGCCUUGCUUCAUUGACGUUUGGAUCGCCAUCGUCGCGGUCGGAGGCUUGGUUCUGGGUCUUGGUUCCGUCUGGUUCCUGCGCAAGAAGAAGCCCAUUGCGACGGGCGUCAAGGAUAUGCCGUUCUUCCUGAAGCAGUCCUUGCUCGCCGCAUUCAUCGCCGACGUGGUCGCUCAACUUACCAUCCAAUUCAUCAACUACGGACCGAUUGCGUUUGGCGACUUUCGUGUGUGGACCACCGUAUUGACGAUUGCCUCGGGCUGCGUCAUCUUCUGCAUCCAAUGGCUCGAACAAUCUCGACUGCGCUAUGCUCACGGCGUGGUGCUCUUCUACUGGCUACUCCUGAUCAUUGCUUCGGUUGUCAAGCUGCGCUCCCUCGUGUCCCAGCAGCUGUACGCCAAGAGCCUGCCAUACUUCAUCGUCUACUGCGUGGGAACCGGCCUGGCGAUGGGAGUCUUCCUGAUUGAGUGGCUCUGGCCACGUAACACGCGCGAUAGUCGGUACGAUGCCAUCGACGAGGAGGAAGAGUGCCCGAUGGAAUAUGCCUCUGUGUUUUCCUGCCUGACUUUCGACUGGAUGACACCUCUCAUGAGGCGCGGCUACAAGAUCUUUCUCUCCGAGAACGAUCUCUGGGGCCUGGCGAAACAGGACCAGACCAAGAGGACGGGUUCCGCGUUCGACGAUGCAUGGCAGAAGGAACUGAAAUAUCGACCCAACAAGCCCAGCCUCUGGAUUGCCAUGUUCCGUGCCUACGGUGGCCCGUACAUGGUUGCCGCCAUCUUCAAAUCCAUCAACGACGUUACCCAGUACGUACAGCCACAAUUGCUACGCUUCUUGAUCGCAUUUGUCGCUUCGUACCAGACUCAGCGUCCUCAGCCAGUCGUACAGGGCGCCGCGAUCGCAUUCGCCAUGUUUGCCUGCGCAACGCUCCAGACGACCAUGGUACACCAAUAUUUCCAGCGCGCCUUCGAGGCUGGUAUGCGCAUCAAGGGUGGACUGGCGUCCGCCAUCUAUCGCAAAUCCCUGAAGUUGUCCAACGAGGGACGCGCCUCCAAAACAACCGGUGACAUUGUCAACUACAUGGCCGUCGAUGCUCAGCGUCUUCAGGACUUGACACAGUGGGCGCAGCAGGCCUGGUCUGCUCCCUUCCAGAUCAUCAUCUGCAUGGUCUCCCUCUACAAUCUCGUCGGAUGGUCUAUGCUUGCCGGCGUCGCUGUCAUGAUCAUCAUGAUGCCCGUCCAGGGGUUUACCGCCAAGCUCAUGAAGAGCAUGCAGAAGAAGCAGAUGAAGAACAAGGACGCAAGGAGUCGACUCAUCAACGAGAUCAUCAACAACAUGAAGGCCAUAAAGCUUUACGCCUGGGGCCAGGCAUUCAUGAACCGGUUGAACCACGUGCGAAACGACCAGGAGCUGAAGAACCUACGCAAGAUCGGAGCUACCCAAGCCGUGGCCAACUUUACAUGGUCAAGCGCCCCGUUCUUCGUUUCCUGCUCGACGUUUACGGUCUUUGUUCUUACCCAAGAUCGCCCUCUCACCACGGACAUUGUUUUCCCUGCGCUGGCGCUCUUCAACCUCCUGACCUUCCCGCUCGCCGUUCUUCCCAUGGUCAUCACUGCCAUCGUCGAGGCUACCGUUGCCGCCGGACGUAUCACCGACUUCCUCUGCGCCGAGGAGCUUCAGUCGGACGCGGUCACCAUCGGACCUGCUCCUCAGGCCUAUGGUGAAGAGUCCGUCAUCAUCCGCGAGGGUACCUUCUCAUGGAACCGCCACGAAGACCGCCUUGCGCUGAAGGAUAUCGACUUCACCGCCUACAAGGGCCAGCUUACUUGCAUUGUGGGCCGUGUCGGAUCCGGCAAGUCGUCUCUCUUGCAGAGCAUGUUGGGUGAUCUUUACAAGGUUGCCGGCACUGCUGAGAUCAGAGGCACUGUCGCCUACGCUUCUCAGCAGACAUGGAUACUCAACGCAACCGUUAAGGAGAACAUUGUCUUUGGCUAUCGGUACGACUCUGAUUUCUACGAGAAGACGAUCAAGGCAUGUUCACUCGUGGAUGACUUUGCCCAGCUCCCUGACGGUGAUGAGACGGUUGUCGGCGAACGUGGUAUCUCCUUGAGUGGUGGACAGAAGGCCCGUGUGUCUCUGGCACGAGCCGUUUACGCCCGUGCCGACAUUUACCUUUUGGACGAUGUCCUCUCGGCUGUAGACUCCCACGUUGGCAAGCACAUUAUGGAGAACGUCCUUGGUCCCCGUGGCCUGCUGUCUUCCAAGACCCGUGUUCUAGCUACCAAUGCCAUUGCCGUACUACAACAAGCUAGUUACAUCACCCUGCUCAAGGAUGGCCAAAUCGUCGAGAAGGGCACCUACAGGGAGCUCUCUGCCAUGGGAGGCAGCGUCGCCGAGAUGCUCCGUACCGCUGGUCAAGACGGCAAUGGAUCCGGCUCCGGGAGCUCCAGUGGCUCUACGAGCGAGACAUCCACCGUAAUCGAGGCCCCUGUCGACAGCCAAACAAAGGAGGAGAUUGAAGAGAGCCAGGAGCGAGUGCCUGAGCUGGCUCCGAUCAAGGCCGGUGCUUCCGCCCCGGCCAAGCCACGCUCGAGCAGCAUGGCCACCCUGCGUCGUGCUAGUACCGCGAGCUUUAGAGGCCCCCGUGGUAAGCUCACGGACGAGGAGAUCGCCGGCAACUCCCGCUCGAGGCAGACGAAGGAGUUUAUUGAGCAGGGCAAGGUCAAGUGGAGUGUAUACGGAGAAUACGCCCGCGAGAACAACCUCAUCGCUGUCGCAUUCUACCUGGCCACCCUUCUCACUUCGCAAGCUGCCAGCAUGGGUGGUUCGGUUUGGCUGAAGGAAUGGUCAGAAGCUAAUCAGAAGACGGGCCUCAACAAGAACAUUGGCAUGUUCAUCGGCAUUUACUUUGCCUUCGGUAUCGGAUCAUCGCUUCUCAACGUUGCUCAGACGCUCAUCCUUUGGAUCUUUUGCUCCAUCGAAGCGUCCCGCAAGCUCCACGAGCGCAUGGCCAAUGCCAUCUUCCGCUCCCCCAUGUCCUUCUUCGACACCACCCCCACGGGCCGCAUCCUCAACCGCUUCUCUAGUGAUAUCUACAAGGUCGAUGAGGUUCUUGCCCGCUCGUUCAACCAAUUGUUCGUCAACGCUGCCAAGUCUUCGUUCACGCUUGUCAUCAUUUCCGUUACGGUGCCUGCCUUUACGGCCCUGAUCAUCCCCCUGGGGCUCAUGUACUACUGGAUCCAGCGGUAUUACCUGCGCACGUCGCGUGAGCUGAAGCGUCUCGACAGUGUCAGCCGCAGCCCCAUCUACGCCCACUUCCAAGAGUCUCUGGGUGGUGUCUCGACGAUCCGCGCGUUCCGUCAGCAAGAUCGCUUCGAGCUGGAGAACGAAUGGCGCGUCGAUGCUAACCUGAAGGCGUAUUUCCCCUCCGUCAGCGCCAACCGCUGGCUCGCUGUUCGUCUCGAGUUCAUCGGCGCCUUUGUCAUUCUCGCUGCGGCAGGGUUCGUCGUUAUUGCCAAAGCUGGCGGCAGCCCGCUCGGGCCCGGCAUGGUCGGUCUGGCCAUGUCGUACGCCCUCCAGAUCACGGGUGCCCUCAACUGGAUCGUCCGUCAGACCGUCGAGGUGGAGACCAACAUUGUCGCCGUGGAGCGUGUACUCGAGUACGCCAGGCUACCGAGCGAAGCCCCCGAGAUCAUCCCUAACAAGAGGCCCCCUGUUGCCUGGCCGUCCAAGGGCGAGCUUGACUUUGUCAACUACAGCACGCGUUACCGCAAGGGCUUGGACUUGGUGCUCAAGAACAUUAACCUGGAUAUCAAGUCUCACGAGAAGAUUGGCGUUGUUGGGCGCACCGGUGCCGGCAAAUCUUCCCUGACGCUCGCUCUGUUCCGUCUCAUUGAACCGGCCACGGGCCACAUUGGCAUCGAUAACCUCGAUACCUCCUCGAUUGGUCUGCUUGAUCUCCGACGCAGACUCGCCAUCAUCCCCCAGGAUGCGGCUCUCUUCGAGGGAUCGGUCCGCGACAACCUCGAUCCCGCACACGUGCAUGACGAUACGGAGCUUUGGAGUGUUCUCGACCAUGCGCGGCUCAAGGACCAUGUCGCAAGCAUGGACGGCGGCCUCGAAGCACAAAUAAACGAAGGAGGUUCCAACUUGUCACAGGGUCAACGCCAGCUCGUCAACCUGGCCCGCGCCAUGUUGACGCCGUCCAACAUCCUCGUGCUGGACGAGGCCACCGCUGCCGUGGACAUUGAGACCGACGCGAUGAUCCAGCGUACCCUGCGCUCGCCGCUCUUCGCCAACAAGACAAUCAUCACAGUAGCACACAGACUGAACACCAUCCUAGACAGCGAUCGUGUCGUCGUUCUCGACAAGGGUGAGGUGGCUGAAUUUGACACGCCAAGUGCGCUUUUCAAGAAGCAGGGGUUGUUCUACAAUCUGAUGCAGCAAGCCGGCCUGGAGGUGGAGUGA